UCAGGGAGGCGAAACCGAGAAGAAAGGCACGAAGGCGGAAGGGCAAAAACUUUAUUUAUUUCACUUUUUCGUUUCUGGGGCUGAAGUGAAGGGCAGCCGACUGCGCCAGCGCGGGCUUCCGGUACAGAGCAGAGAGCGACCUCAGCCCGCUGCGGCGCGGAGGAGCCGGGCCCGCGAGGCCAGACGGGGCGCCCGGCAUGUGGGACCCGCAGGAGUUUGAGCGCCACUGGCAGGCCGAGUUCCCCGGGAAGGAGGCUCCGGUCAUGCGGCUGGACUCGGUGCUGGACAUAGAGCAGGAGCUGGAGCGCUGCAAACUCAACCUGAAGCGGCUGCAACAGGUGCUGGCUGAGGAGAAGUUCAAAGUCUUAUACUUGCAGACCGCCCUGGCCCGGGAGAAGGAGGACCUCGGCUGCGGGCGCCUGGAAGGCGGAGACCGCGGCAGCGGGGGAACCUCCGCCGAGGAGCCGGCGCCGGCCGGGCCGGAGCGGGCGCCGCCACCACGCGAGGAGGAGGGCGCAGCGGGCAGCAGCGGAGAUCCCCCGCACCCUGAGCGCCCAGACCCGGAGAUGGCCGCAAAGAGCGAGUCCACUCCCUACGUGUGCCCGGACCUUCCCAACUGGCCGGGGGCGGCAGGGGAAGGCGGUGCGGUGCUCAGCUGGACCGCCGCCAUCCACCAACAGAUGCUCCAGCCUAGCCUCCUCUUCAGGCUCCGGGAGGAUUGCGCGCCCCCAGGUCACAAUGGCACCGCUCCCUGCGCUCGGGGAGAGGAGCCGGCCUUGGGGACCGGCUCGAGGCGGGGCUCCGAGGAGGGCGAGCUGGAUGCCUCUGGCGCGGACGAUGGGGGCGACAGCAGUGACCACGACUUCGAGAUGGUGGAUUUGAACGAGAAAUUCGACCUCGGCCACUUGCUCAUGACCCCCUACCGGUUCGGGGCCCGCGAUGAGGUCGAUAAGCCGGGGCGGGCGUGCUGCUCGCACCGCUGGAUGCACCUAAUCCCCAGGGGCCGGCGGAAACAACAGCGCCGGAGCCGGGACCUGGAGCAGCUGGAGACCGAGGGCAAGGACCGGCGGAGCUCGCCCUCCACCUCGGAGGAGCACCCCCGGCGCGGGGCCCGCGAGCAUCUCCCCCCGUGGCGGCGCAAGAGGUUUCCGCGGAUGCCGGAGCGGGACUCGCCCUACCACAGUUCACCCGAGACGGUCAGCGACUGCAGCCACAACAGCUCCGACCACGACGACGUCUCCUCUGCAGACUUCAGCUACGGGGCAGACGACUACGAAGGAGAGGGGAAUGAGGAGCAGAAGGGGCCCCCAGAGGGCUCAGAGACCAUGCCGUACAUUGACGAGUCACCCACCAUGUCGCCCCAGCUCAGUGCCCGCAGCCAGAGCGACGGAGGCAGCAUCUCCCCCAUCCCACCUGAGGGGCUGGCACCUGGGGUGGAAGCAGGGAAAGGCCUGGAGAUGCGGAAGCUGGUUCUCUCGGGGUUCCUGGCCAGUGAAGAGAUCUACAUUAACCAGCUGGAAGCCCUGCUGCUGCCCAUGAAACCCCUGAAGGCCACAGCUACCACCUCCCAGCCCGUGCUCACCAUCCAGCAGAUUGAAACCAUCUUCUACAAGAUCCAGGACAUCUAUGAGAUCCACAAGGAGUUCUAUGACAAUCUCUGUCCCAAGGUGCAGCAGUGGGACAGCCAGGUCACCAUGGGCCACCUCUUCCAGAAGCUGGCCAGCCAGCUUGGCGUGUACAAAGCAUUUGUGGAUAACUAUAAAGUCGCUCUGGAGACAGCUGAGAAGUGCAGCCAGUCCAACAACCAGUUCCAAAAGAUCUCAGAGGAACUCAAAGUGAAAGGUCCCAAGGACUCCAAGGACAGCCACACGUCAGUCACCAUGGAAGCUCUGCUCUACAAGCCCAUUGACCGAGUCACUCGGAGUACCCUGGUCCUACACGACUUGCUGAAGCACACACCCGUGGACCACCCAGACUACCCGCUGCUCCAGGAUGCCCUCCGCAUCUCUCAGAACUUCCUGUCCAGCAUCAACGAGGACAUUGACCCCCGCCGGACUGCGGUUACAACCCCCAAGGGCGAGACACGGCAGCUGGUGAAGGAUGGCUUCCUGGUGGAGGUGUCGGAGGGCUCCCGGAAGCUGCGGCACGUCUUCCUCUUUACAGAUGUCCUACUGUGCGCCAAGCUGAAAAAGACAUCUGCAGGGAAGCACCAGCAAUAUGACUGCAAAUGGUACAUUCCCCUGGCCGACCUAGUGUUUCCAUCCCCUGAGGAGUCUGAGGCCAGCCCCCAGGUACACCCCUUCCCAGACCACGAGCUGGAGGACAUGAAAAUGAAGAUCUCUGCUCUCAAAAAUGAAAUCCAGAAGGAGAAAGCCAACAAAGGGCAGAGCCGGGCCAUCGAGCGCCUGAAGAAGAAGAUGUUUGAGAAUGAGUUCUUACUGCUGCUCAAUUCCCCCACAAUCCCUUUUCGGAUCCACAAUCGGAAUGGAAAGAGCUACCUGUUCUUACUGUCCUCGGACUAUGAAAGGUCAGAGUGGAGAGAAGCAAUUCAGAAACUACAAAAGAAGGAUCUCCAGGCCUUUGUCCUGAGCUCGGUGGAGCUCCAGGUGCUCACAGGAUCCUGCUUUAAACUUAGGACUGUACACAACAUUCCUGUCACCAGCAAUAAAGAUGACGAUGAGUCUCCAGGACUCUAUGGCUUCCUUCAUGUCAUCGUCCAUUCUGCCAAGGGGUUUAAACAGUCAGCCAACCUGUACUGUACGCUGGAGGUGGAUUCCUUUGGCUAUUUUGUAAGCAAAGCCAAAACCAGGGUGUUCCGGGACACGACAGAGCCCAAGUGGGACGAGGAGUUUGAGAUUGAGCUGGAGGGCUCUCAGUCCCUGAGGAUCCUGUGCUAUGAGAAGUGCUAUGACAAGACAAAGGUCAACAAGGACAACAACGAGAUUGUGGACAAGAUCAUGGGCAAAGGGCAGAUCCAGUUGGAUCCACAAACGGUGGAAACCAAGAACUGGCACACGGAUGUGAUCGAGAUGAAUGGGAUCAAAGUGGAAUUCUCCAUGAAAUUCACCAGCCGAGAUAUGAGUCUGAAGAGGACCCCAUCCAAGAAGCAGACUGGCGUCUUUGGUGUGAAGAUCAGCGUGGUGACGAAGCGGGAGCGCUCCAAGGUGCCCUACAUCGUCCGGCAGUGCGUGGAGGAGGUGGAGAAGCGGGGCAUUGAGGAGGUCGGCAUCUACCGGAUAUCAGGGGUGGCCACAGACAUCCAGGCGCUGAAGGCCGUCUUUGAUGCCAACAACAAGGACAUCCUGCUGAUGCUGAGCGACAUGGACAUCAACGCUAUCGCGGGCACCCUCAAGUUGUACUUCCGGGAGCUGCCUGAGCCCCUCCUCACAGACCGACUCUACCCAGCCUUCAUGGAGGGCAUUGCCCUGUCAGACCCUGCUGCCAAGGAAAACUGCAUGAUGCACCUGCUCCGCUCCCUGCCCGACCCCAACCUCAUCACCUUCCUCUUCCUGUUGGAACACUUGAAAAGGGUUGCUGAGAAGGAACCCAUCAACAAAAUGUCCCUUCACAACCUGGCUACCGUGUUUGGCCCCACGUUACUGAGACCCUCAGAAGUGGAGAGCAAAGCACAUCUCACGUCAGCUGCGGACAUCUGGUCCCAUGAUGUCAUGGCCCAGGUCCAGGUCCUCCUCUACUACCUGCAGCACCCCCCCAUUUCCUUCGCAGAACUGAAGCGGAACACACUGUACUUCUCCACUGACGUGUAGCCUGAGGCUGGGGCAGCUUUGUGGGGUGGGGCCAGGGGGGUGGCCAGAGCCAGCCUCUCCCGCUGGGAGGCCCAACAGAGACUUGAAAGACUGCAAUAGAAAACUCCCAACCCCAGCACUCCAGACUACAAGGGAAGCAGAUUUCUAAGAACUGGAAUAUGUGCAUCUUUUAUGCCACCUUGUACAAAGCCAGGUGACCCAGCCCCCAGCCCUCACCACCACACCCCCGGCUCCUGCCCUGCAUAUCUCUAGUUGUGUCUGAUGCUCCGUGCUGUUUGGGAAUCGUUUUAUGUAUAUUUGUCAUGCAGAAAAGGUAGUGACUGACCCGGUCUGGGCACACAGAGAGCCUGCUUUGUUCUUUCACUGCCUCCAACACUUUCUUUCCUUCUGAGUCCAGUGCGAGGGCUUUUAUUUUGCUGUGUAGCUGCUGCCAGCUUACCCUCUCCUGGCCCUGCUCCCAGAUGACAGUCUCCUGGCAGCCUCCGCUCGGUUUUCCCUGCCCUCUCCUCCAGCUCGGCCCGCCUGCAUGCAAGGCCUCAGUUUCCGCUCCAUCAUCCUGGCAGUUCUGUGGAGGCCCUGGGUGGCAGUGGCCACAGCGGGUCUGAUCCUGCGGGUGCUGCCCCCAGCCCUCUCCUCGCCUCCCGCCUGUGGAAGCACACCUGCUUUGCCUUGCUGCCUGUGCAAAUGUUGGACAAGGAGACAGGACUACACUAAUCCCCAGCUUUGCACAGAGCUGGAGAGCGGAUUUCUGGAAUUUUCCAUUUGGGAAUCUCCAAUUUGGGGGUUUAUCUGUUCUGUCUUCUGCCUUCCAGUGUGGCAUCUUUGACUGUUUUUAUUUCUACUGCUUUUCAGUUCCUUUUCCCUGGUGGUCUGUUUCCUUUGAGUGUAAAGAGUUACAAGUGACCUGCUAUCAGGAUAGCCAGAGGGUCAGGCAAGAAUUUGGGCGGAGGCGGGGAGAGUCGGGCUGCUGAGGGAACAGGGAGGCUGGACAGUCAGAGCAGUGCCAUGCAGCAUGGGUGUCUGGGUUGUCGGGGAGCAGCCAGCCCUUGGGAGCAAGGAGUUGCAGUGGCUUUUCUAAGGGAGCCAGGCUUCCAGGAGGGCAGCUGAUAUGGCUGAAGUAGGUGUCCGGACACAGGCAGGUUCUGUCCAGGAGGCAAGUCCUUCCCCGGGCACCUCGCGUACCUCACGGUACUUUUGCCUUAGAUUUUACACACAUUUUCCACAGCCAAGCUCUGCCCAGGGUAGCCCACUGCCACGUGUGCUCCAGGGCCUGGGGAAGAAAGGCAGUCUGGCAGUGGCCAGUGCCAUGGUGCUGCCCCUCCAUAUUUAGCUCUGCCAUUCCACCCCUAGCUCCUAGAUGCAGCCCUAUGGGUGAAUUCUGGGAAACUACAGACGUUGGGGAGGGAUGAAGAAGCCCAGGCACUUGCCUCUCAUGGGACUGGGUUUUGCUGGGGGUCUCCUUGUUGACACUCCAGAGUAAGGGAUCAGCAGAUUGCAUUCCCAACUUUGAGUCCCACUGCUGAGUCUUGGAGCGGGAUGUGUCCCAAAAUGCAGUUUUCCCUAGAGCAGUGGCCGCUAGCCUGUGGCAGCUGGCCUGGGAGGGCAGGGACUCCGUGGCUGCAGGAACCUGAGCGGCAGCACGCAGCUCCCUGGCUCUCCUGUUUGGAGGAGGGAGGGUUCUUGGUCCUCAAGACUGGGGUGAGUAGCUGCCAAUGUUUGUGCUCAGGGCUAUCUUAAAGAAGGGUUUGCUGGCCCUCAGGCUGAAAUACUUGCUCAGUACAAGAGAGGGUCCUGUCUGAUCCUCGUUUACACCUGUUGCCCAGAUCUUGGGCAGAAUGGUACACAUUCUGUGCAUAUAAGAGGAAAGGGAUGCCUAAGGAGAAAAGUACUUGACCACCCCGCUGCCUGUUAGCAGCUUAGCAAGGAGCCCUGCUCUCUGGGACAGGAGGUGGAGAAAGAGCACCGCUGGAGCCUGAAGAUCCCAGUGUGACUAUCCCUGGAGCCUCUGCUCAGCCCUUAGGGGUUGGUGUGUGUCAUGGAAGCUCUUGCCUGCUUCCAAAGUGACUGACAGUAGCGGACUGGAGGCCCAACUGGAGCUGGUUGCAGCCAAAAAUGGGUGCCUCCCUCCUCCCAAAAACCAAUGGAAAAAGGAAAUGUUUGCUUCUCAGCAUCAGGUAGCUACCGCAACCCCAAGGCUUGCUUAGGCAAUGUGAGAGCAGACGGAAGGCUAAGGAAGGGCUGAGAAAUGCAGAAGGCUUAUCAUAUUUAUAAAGUUCACCCCUAGUAGGAAGGGGCAGGUACCAGAGCUGGGCUAAGCUGCGCUGAGGAAAUACCCUGUGGGUUCUCCUGAGUCAGUGACUGCAGCCCAGACCCCUGCAGCCACGUGCCUGGUAGCAGGCUAUGCUACCAGGAGCGCAGCAGAUGGGUGACGAAUCCAGGUGGGCCUGUCCUUGCCGGGCAGUGGCUGAGGGCUGCCAGGAGUAUUUGCUGAUACAGAUAGGAUGGGACUCUUCAUUAAUAUUUGACUUUAAUAAGUUGGUAAGGAUAUAUUUUUUUUUUUGGUCUACGUUCUGUUUCAACUUAUGUAAUUAUUAUAAAUUGAUGUAAACCAUGUGAGAGGAAAAUGUUAAUAAAAAAAAAAAAAGCAAACCCCCAACAUUUGCACAAAACUCAGCCCUGUGGUGUGGAUGUUUGUAUUCUCAGUAGUACAGGGAAGACCACCAAUCUAAAUAUUUAACUCUUCCAGCUGUAUCCAGAUGUGUUUCCAGAAAUCUAUUUACCUAGAGGCCUUCCCUUUGGCCUCUGGGGAAUGGGAGAGCUUUGUGGGGAGGUGGGCCCAGUCCUUCUGUUCUUCCCAAAAGCCUCCAGGUUAACCACCAGCCAGGCUGUUUCUGGCCUCGCCCUUCAGCAUUUGCUGCUAGUUCCUCUCAUGAAGUGCAGAUGCUCCACAAGGGACCUGGCCAUCACUAUGCCUCAGUGACAUGGCAGGAAGUUGUCCAUUAAAGAGGCUUCUUAUUUUAUGUAAACUCCUCAGAGUUUUCUUAAUGUUCCCUUCGAAGUGGUAUGUCUUUGGGGCAGCCUUUGGUGUAACCCACUUGUUGGGGGAUGUUGGACCCCAGCCUCCCUUUAGGAGAGCCUGUGGGGUUAAUGGUGGGCUCCCACUAGCUGAAGCCAUUGGACACUGUUUAUUA